GAACAGCCCGCAAAAUGUCGCACCUUCCGAUGAAGUUGCUGCGCAAGAAGAUCGAGAAGUGCAAUGAGAAGCUGCGUCAGAGGAACCAGUGGCUGAAGCAGAAAGAGGCCUUGAGGGCCAAUAUACCAGAAGCCCAAGAUGAGCAUGUAUCAGAAGAAACAGUAGAAGAAAUAAAAAUGGAAAAAUCUACCAAGAAAUCUACAGUAUUAGCAGCCAGUGAAGAAUCAACUGCACAGCUCCCCAAUUCUGAAUUAAAAAAGAAAAAGAAGAAGAAGAAAAGGAAGAUAACAGCUGAUGCAGGACCUGAAAACAAAAAAGCAAAAACUGAAGACCAAGAGGAAUCUGAUGAUGAAAGUGAGAAAGAUCCCAAAAUAAAAGAAAAUACUGUGGAGGAUCAGAAUGAGGAUGCUGAAAUGCCCAGCCUCCCUCUUGGACUAACAGGGUCCUUUGAGGAUACUUCAUUCACUUCACUUAGUAAUAUCGUCAAUGAAAACACUCUUAAAGCAAUAGCAGAAAUGGGCUUUACUAACAUGACUGAGAUUCAGCAUAAAAGUAUCAGACCACUUCUAUAAGGCAGGGAUAUUCUAGCAGCUGCAAAAAGGGGCAGUGGCAAAACCCUAGCAUUCCUCAUCCCUUCAAUAGAACUCAUUGUCAAGUUAAACUUCAUGCCUAGAAAUGGAACAGGAGUCCUUAUCCUCUCACCUACUCGGGAGCUGGCUAUGCAGACCUUUGGUGUUCUUAAGGAACUAAUGUCUCACCACGUGCAUACUUACGGUUUGAUCAUGGGAGGCAGUAACAGAUCUGCAGAGGCACAGAAACUUGCAAAUGGGAUCAACAUUAUUGUGGCAACACCUGGCCGACUUCUGGACCAUAUGCAGAACACCCCAGGAUUUAUGUUUAAAAACCUGCAGUGUCUUGUUAUCAAUGAGGCUGACCAAAUUCUUGAAGUUGGGUUUGAGGAAGAGAUGAAACAUAUCAUCAAACUUCUGCCAAAACGCAGACAAACAAUGCUCUUUUCUGCCACACAAACUCAUAAGGUAGAAGAUCCGGCAAAGAUUUCCCUUAAGAAGGAACCAUUGUAUGUUGGUGUUGAUGAUGAUAGAUACUGCACAGUGGAUGGUCUUGAACAGGAAUAUGUUGUUUGUCCAUCUGAAAAAAGGUUCCUUCUACUCUUUACGUUCCUCAAGAAGAACUGGAAGAAGAAGCUGAUGGUAUUUUUUUCUUCAUGUAUGUCAGUGAAAUACCACUAUGAGCUUCUGAACUACAUUGAUUUACCUGUCAUGGCCAUUCAUGGCAAACAGAAGCAAAAUAAGCAGACAACUACCUUCUUUCAGUUCUGCAACACAGAUUCUGGAAUUUUGCUGUGUACAGAUGUGGCUGCCAGAGGGCUAGAUAUCCCAGAAGUAGAUUGGAUUGUCCAGUAUGACCCCCCGGUUGAUCCAAAGGAAUAUAUUCAUCGUGUAGGUAGAACAGCCAGAGGCAUAAACAGAAGAGGUCAUGCUCUGCUUAUUUUACGACCAGAAGAGUUGGGUUUUCUCCAUCACCUGAAGCAAGCCAAGGUACCAUUAAGUGAAUUUGAAUUUUCCUGGUCAAAAAUUUCUGACAUUCAGUCUCAGUUGGAAAAACUAAUUGAGAAGAACUACUUCCUUCAUAAAUCAGCCCAGGAGGCAUAUAAAUCCUACGUCCGAGCCUAUGAUUCCCAUUCUCUGAAGCAAAUCUACAAUGUUAACAGCUUGAAUUUACCUCAAGUUGCUUUAUCAUUUGGUUUCAAAGUACCUCCAUUUGUUGACCUAAAUCUGAACAGCAACCAGGGGAAGAGGUUGGAAAAAAGAGGUGGUGGCGGUGGUUUUGGCUACCAGAAGCCCAAGAAUGUCCACAAGUCCAAAAUCUUCAAGCACAUUAGCAAGAAGAAAUCUGAUGGCAGGCAGUUCUCUCACUGAGGCAGUA